AUGGAUCACAACGUCGAUCUGGUCCCUCGAGAGCAGAUGGACCUGCCCUCCCGCCUCUCCGCCAGCAACGCGUCGUUCCGCUCGGUGGCACCCCGGCUGCUCCUCAUCCAGAAGGUGCCGCAGAGCGUGCGGGGCGGCCUCGAGGAGCGCUACUUCGUGCCGGACGUGGUCUCCAUCGGCCCCUACCACCACCGCGCCAGGCCGCACCUCGUCGACAUGGAAGAGGUGAAGGAGGCCGUGGUGCACGAGUUCUGCAACAGCGUGCCGGGUGGCGGCGGCGCUGGGCGGUUCCUGGACGCGGUUCGCCCGCUGCUGGUGGAGGUGAAGCACUGCUACGCUGACAAUUUCGAUAACCUGUUCAACGACAGCGAAUUCGCCAACAUGAUGGUCGUCGACGGCUGCUUCCUGCUCGCGGUGAUGGCGAUCCUAACCAGAAAGUACCCGGAAGGGCUCGAGCACCGGUCCUGGACGCACGGCCGCAUGCUGCGGAUCAUUAAGGACGUCCUGCUGUUCGAGAACCAGAUCCCCUGGGUCGUGCUGCGCGCGCUCAUGGCGCUGCACCCUGUCCCCGUGGACUCCUUGGUCGACUGGAUCCUCGCCUACUUCGAGUUCGACGUCCACCGCGAGGAACAGCCCGGCACGCGGUGGGAUUGGAACAGCCUGAACCCCUUCCACCUCCUGGACCUCGUCCACCAGCGGCACCUCGGCCGCUCGGGGUCGGCGCGAGACGUCCGCAACAGCAUCCACGACUACGCCCGGCCGUUCCCUCACUUCACGUCGGCCGUGGAGCUCGCGGAGGCCGGCAUCCAGCUCCACGGCAGCGGCACGUGCCGCGUCAGGGACGUGCAGGUGGAGCCGUCGUUGCCGGCUGCGGCCAUGCUCCGGCUCCGAAUCGGCCGGCUCGUCCUCCCACGGCUGUCGCUCAGCUGGCUGCCGCGCUGCUGGCUCAUCAACAUGGUGGCGCUGGAGUGCGUGUCGGACCGGUCAGACAACAACGGCGUCAGCUCCUACCUCGCCAUCCUCGGCUCGCUCAUCCGCGCCGAGCGGGACGUCGAGGAGCUCCGGUCAAGGAGGAUACUGUUCAGCACCAUGAGCGACCGCCGGACCGUCGAAUUCUUCGAGGGCAUCCUCGACCCGGUGCCGCGACAGGAGCUGUACCUAAAGACGCUGGAGGGCAUCGUCCAGCUCCGGACCAGGAGGAGCACCAGGAGCGGCAUCCACGCCGUCAUCUACAGGAACAGGAGGAUCAUCUUGGCCCUCGCGCCACUGCUCAGCCUCCUCGUCGCCAUCGUCGGGAUCGUCGUCAACAAUUCCAUCAAACACAAGUAG